CCCACCAUGGGCUGCCACACCCCCCUCCUCUGGCUGCUGUUCUUGCAGGCUUUUGUUCUACCUGCCGCAGAAUAUGAACAUGAAACUUUGGGAGAUUUUGAUGCUAAAAUCUUAACAGCAUUUCCUGGUGAAGACUGGCCACAGUUGCAACUCAUAAAUGGGUCAGGCAGAUGCUCUGGGAGAGUGGAGGUUUUCUACGGUGGACAGUGGGGCAGAGUUUGUGAUGACCACUGGGACAUGCAUGAAGCCGAUGUGGUGUGCCGGCAGCUGAGCUGUGGGCGUGCUCUCGCAGCCCCCACUGAGGCACAAUUUGGUGAAGGCAAAGGCCAGUUUCUGCUGGAUGAUGUGGACUGUACCGGGACAGAGAGUUUUCUGGGACAGUGUCCCCAUGCUGGCUGGCGAGUGCAUAACUGUGGUGCUGGAGAAGACGCCAGUGUCAUCUGUGAAGAGAACACAGAAGAAUCACUGGCAGUGCCCCAAGGUGAUAAAAAUUCAGCAGCCAUAUUAUCAGUUCUACCUGUUGCCAUCUCAACUCAACUCCCUCUUACAACUGAUGAAAGUUCAACAUCAUCAGCUCCAUCAGCUUCAGCUGUCCUGGAUGUUAACCACCCAACCGUGUCACCAGUCACAGUAGAUAAUGAAAAGUUGCCAACUGUCUUGUCAGUUCUUCCUGUGGCUGACUUUGUAGCAGCCAAUCGCAGAGCCAGUGAGCCUCGGCUCAGCCCACCAGAGGGCUGGCCCAGGCUGAGGCUGGUGAAUGGCACAGGAAGGUGCUCUGGACGGGUGGAGGUUUCCUACCAGGGGACCUGGGGGUCAGUGUGUGAUGAAGGCUGGGGCCUGCCAGAGGCACAGGUCGUGUGCAGGCAGCUUGGGUGUGGCCUUGCUCUGUCUGCCCCUCUUGGUGCCCACUUUGGCCCAGGCUUUGGAAAGAUCCUUUUAGACAAUGUACACUGCAGUGGCACAGAGAGCAGCCUGUCCCUGUGCACCCAUGACAGCUGGUUCACUCACAACUGUAGCCACGAAGAGGAUGCCGGAGUCAUCUGCUCUGAAGCAGAAUUGUCAUCAUCAUCAUCAUCUUCAUUACCAUCUUCAUCACCACCACCAGCACCU